UAUAUAUUUAUGUAAGGAUUUAUCAGUCUGAAGAGUCUAAACAUGGCAAGAAACGGGAGAAUUGGAGAGGAUGAAGAGAAUCUCUACCACAAGGAUGAGGAUGGGAAAAAGCACAGCCCCACUACCUUGAGUGAAAGGUUCGGCUUGGAGGAAUUGUUCUCCUUGAAGGUCUGGCAAGCAUCUGUGGCGGAGCUCCUUGGCACCGCCAUCCUCGUUUUUGCACUGGACACCUUAGUCAUUUCCUCCUAUGAAACCGACACCAAAACACCCAACCUAGUAAUGUCCUUCUUCGUAUUCCUCUCCGUCACAGUUCUGCUGCUUGCCACUUCCCCUAUUUCCGGUGGCCACAUCAACCCGGUUAUCACCUUCUCCGCUGCACUCAUCGGUCUCAUCUCCCUUUCUCGUGCCGCCGUUUACAUUCUAGCUCAAUGCGUCGGUGGUGUGCUAGGCGCACUUGCACUUAAGGCAGUUGUUAGUGGCACAAUACAACAUACUUUCUCACUUGGGGGUUGCACCUUAAACGUCAUCAUCGCAGAGGGCCCUAAUGGACCCAUUACCAUGGGUCUAGAGACGAGUCAAGCACUUUGGCUGGAGAUCAUAUGUACAUUUGUGUUCCUCUUCGCUUCCAUAUGGAUUGCCUUCGAUCAUCGUCAAGCUAAAGCCCUAGGGCCCGUUACUGUGUGCUCAAUAAUCGGCGCCGUGGUGGGGCUCUUGGUGUUUGUCUCAACCACAUUGACGACAAAGAAGGGUUAUUCCGGUGUGGGGAUGAACCCAGCAAGAUGCAUUGGACCAGCACUUGUUAGAGGAGGACAUCUUUGGAAUGGGCACUGGGUCUUUUGGGCGGGCCCUGCUAUUGCCUGCGUGGCAUUCUAUUUGUACACUAGGAUCAUUCCACGUCAGCAUUUCCACACCACAGGGUACAAGUAUGACUUGUUCACUACGUUGAAGGCGUUAUUUGUGUAACAUGUAUAAUUCUCGGAGGAGGAAGUAGGAUAGUUAUUAAUUAUGAUCUCCUUCUGGCUUCUGAUUUGUCAAGCAUCAAGGUCGUAGGACAUGGAUAUGCAUCCCACCCACUCGAUGUAUUUCACUUGUUCACUCAUAUGUAGUCUUUUGAUCGUAUUUACUUUCAAUAUAGUAACAAGGUGUCCUGAUCAACCGUA